AUCGACAGUAGCAGGUGUUGUUAUAUAUCCACGACCGGUUUGGAAAGAUGCAAUUCUCCUCUGUGCUCGCGUCUCCGAUGCUGCUGCUGCAGCUCUGCAUCAACAUCUUGCAGCACAUUUUUGCGAGCUUCUUUUCUAGAGUUUGUUACUGGACACCUGCAAAAUCAUCCGUUUCACCCGACGACAGAAAAGUGGACGAAUGCAAAAUCAAAGAUGCAACCACUCCAACAAGUGUCAACUAUCAUUUCACACGCAAGUGCAACUACAAAUGUGGCUUUUGCUUCCACACUGCAAAAACAUCCUUCGUGCUGCCUCUGGAUGAAGCCAAGAGGGGCCUCAAACUCCUGAAGGAAUCAGGCAUGGAGAAGAUCAACUUCUCCGGAGGAGAGCCUUUCUUGCACGAGAAAGGAGACUUCCUGGGGAAGUUAGUCCAGUACUGCAAACAGGACCUCCAGCUCCCGAGUGUCAGCAUCGUCAGCAAUGGAAGCAUGAUCAGAGAAAAGUGGUUCCAGAAAUAUGGCGAUGAUCUGGACAUCCUGGCCAUCUCCUGCGACAGUUUUGAUGAAGAGACCAAUCAGCUGAUUGGCAGAGCUCAGGGCAAGAAGAGCCACAUUGAUAACCUCCACAAGAUUCGCAUCUGGUGCCAGCAGUACAAAGUGGCGUUCAAAAUCAACUCGGUCAUCAACACCUUCAACAUCGACGAAGACAUGGCGGAGAACAUCCUCCAGCUCAACCCGGUCCGCUGGAAGGUGUUCCAGUGUCUGCUGAUCGACGGGGAAAAUGCAGGAGAGGAUGCCCUGAGAGAGGCGGAGAGGUUCGUCAUCAGCGAGCAGAUGUUUCAGGAGUUUCUGGAAAGACACAGCAGCGUCUCCUGCCUCGUUCCUGAGUCCAAUGAGAAGAUGAGGAACUCCUACCUGAUCCUGGAUGAAUACAUGCGCUUCCUGGACUGUCGAGAGGGACGGAAGGACCCGUCCAAGUCCAUCCUCGAUGUCGGCGUGAAGGAGGCCAUCUGCUUUAGCGGCUUCGAUGAAAAGAUGUUUUUCAAGAGAGGAGGGAAAUAUGUGUGGAGCAAAGCUGACAUGAAGCUGGAGUGGUGAAAAUCCGCUUGAUUUACCUUUGUUGAGCGUUGACUGUUUUUAUCUUUAUUUACUGUAUGUCUGUAACUGUUGUCACUUACUGCACUGCUUAUGGUUGUUUAAAAAAAGUGUUAAGAAAUUAAAAAUGAUUUUUUUUGAUAAAUAAAUAGAUAUAUAUUGUUGUAUAUAAAGUAUAUUGUUUUCUUGCACGGUAGACACUUGUGUGAGCAAAUCUGCUUUAAUAAAAAUAUUUUUCCAUUAAAAA